UGGACAUGAAAAAAGUUUGUUUUCUGUCAUUAUUCCGCACUAAAGUACAAUUACCAAACAGCCAUGUCCAGCAGCGGUAAGCAAAACCCUGGGUGCUUUGGGAGCGACAUCCGCAGACUGCUUCUGGCUGCUGAAGCUGGUCAGAAGGCUGAUAUCCUGACCUACUCCUCAGGUCAUCUGGGGCCCCACAGUCUGGAUCAGGGUCAGCCUAAGAUGGACACAAAGCAGUCUUUCUGGAAAAUGUCUCAGAGCCAAGAAGAAACCCCAAACCCUCUGACACUCCAGCAGAGACAAACAAAGGCACUGACCUAUGUAAAGAAGAAAGCAAUGAAAGAGUCUCCCUCUGAGCUCACCGCCAGUGCUGCUUUAGAAGCGUCUGAAGUCUCUGAGUCAAGACAAGACCAGGCUACUGAUCACUCACCACAUGCAGACAGAAGUGGUGUUAUAAGUUUACCUAAGAUAGUUCAUUGUUCAUCAAACUCUUUGCCUUUCCAGCCGAGAGCUUUUUCCCAGAAGAAAGUUAACCUUUCAUCUGAUGCGGAGGGGAAACAGCAAUUUUGCUCAAGCCAUUCUGCCCAGAAAAGACUGAAUAAUGAAGACCAGCUAAAGACAAAUCAGUGGUUAGGUAGGCAGUUCACAGCCAAGCACAACCUCUGGGCGAGAAUAAAUGUUGCUGAAAAGCAUGAGAGGAAACUAGAAAAGGAGCUGAAGAAGCUGUCAGUGCAGAACUGGCCCAGCAGAGACCGCCUUGCGGUGUUCAGUGACGUCUUUGAUGAUGUAUGUGAAAGCUCGCCAGUAUUUGGACGCAUCCUGAGGGAAAUUAAGACUGAGUAUGAUUUGUACGUCAACCACAUGAUGGCUUCCCAGUCACCUCUACCUGACAUGUCACAGAAUACUUCCCUUGAAGAUCUCAGCAUUGGCAAACUAAGGGAAAAGGAGGUGGAAGAUGCUGAAGAAGAGGUUUGCAGGCUGGAGCAGGAGGCCAGAAGAGCUCUAAAGGAGAAUAAACGAGUCCAAAAUGAAUUACAGAAUGUUCCAGCUAUCACAGGCCCAGAGGACAGUGACAUGAAGAAUGUAUCUCUGUCAGGGCUGCAGGACAGCGGGACUGCCAUCGGCCACACCGACAGUGUCCAAUUCAAGAGGCUUCAGGUGUUGAACAUGUGGAGGGAGAUCCAACAGUUAGAAGAAGAGAUUAAGGAGAAGCUGGUGUCCACUGUUACGACCACCACCACUGAAAGACGCAUUAAAGACCUGACGACAGAGACAGUGAGACUGAUAGCCUUAAAUGAGCGUCUGAAGACCACCAACAAGAAUCUGGAAAACAAAAUCAACAUAGUGCUGAACAGAGAGAAAUUGAACAAGACCAUAAGACGGACAUUGUGGGAGGAAAUACGGUGCGAUCUGCAGACAGAGAGUGAAUAGCUCCUUCAACGAGUAAACCAGAGACUCAUUACUCGAGAUGGCUGUUUCAAAGUCAAACAGUAUGUGCUAGAUAAUGUGCAAUAAAAUGAAAG